ACCAAACCGCAACCACCGUCACCGCUGCCAACUGUUUUUUAACCUCCAGCUCUUUCUACCACCACAUCCAACAAAAACUUACCCACCUUUUCCAACCUUUCAAAAUGACUGGAGGCAAAUCCGGAGGCAAGGCCAGCGGCUCUAAGUCCAGCGCCCAAUCGCGUUCUUCCAAGGCAGGUCUCGCCUUCCCCGUCGGUCGUGUCCACCGUCUUCUCCGCAAGGGCAACUACGCUCAGCGUGUCGGUGCCGGUGCUCCCGUUUACCUUGCUGCUGUUCUCGAGUAUCUCGCUGCCGAAAUCCUCGAGUUGGCCGGUAACGCUGCUCGCGACAACAAGAAGACCCGUAUCAUUCCCCGUCAUCUUCAGCUCGCCAUCAGGAACGAUGAGGAAUUGAACAAGCUCCUUGGACACGUCACCAUCGCCCAGGGUGGUGUUCUUCCCAACAUCCACCAAAACCUCCUCCCCAAGAAGACUGCCAAACCUGGCAAGGGUCCAUCACAGGAGCUUUAAGCGCUUGAUCUUCUUUCUUUGGCGCGGUGGUUUAUGGGUGUCUUCUUUCUGCAAUGAUAAUGGGGUUCGGUCUGGGUUAUGGGUCCACGGCUUUUUCUUGCACAGGGUUUGCAAUAUCAGAGCUGUACAUUACAUCCUAAUCGGAUGAGAUCACGAGCUUGAAUUAAGCACGGAAUUACUUCAUUUUACUGUACAAGAAUCUUGUGACCAUGAAUAUGUUACUUGACUUUGGAAGUUCGCUCCACGUGGUAAGAGUAGUUGUCACUUGUCGCGACCUGUGAAAGUUCAUCCAUCGAUGGGAUAGCGCUUUCGGAAAUGAGAUCUAUAUACACUGCGAAAUCUCCAGUAAUCGGCAUAAGUAAUAGUCGCUGAGAACCUCACAAAUUCAUCUGUUCGAUUAUCGGCAUAGAUUAUUAUGGAG